GCGCAUGCGCAAUGGCGGAACCUCCGGCCGUGCGGUUCCCGCCAAUUCCCGCGGCGUUCUUUCUUGGGUCGAGUUCUGUGCGGCAUGGAGUCGUUUGAUCCAGCAGAGUUGCCCGAGCUGCUCAAGCUUUAUUACCGGAGGCUCUUUCCCUACUCCCAGUACUAUCGCUGGCUGAACUAUGGCGGAGUGAUAAAGAAUUACUUUCAACACCGAGAAUUUUCAUUCACAUUGAAAGACGACAUUUACAUUCGUUACCAAUCCUUCAACAACCAGAGUGAUCUGGAAAAGGAGAUGCAGAAAAUGAAUCCAUACAAGAUUGACAUAGGCGCGGUGUAUUCCCACAGACCCAAUCAACACAAUACAGUGAAGCUGGGAGCUUUCCAGGCUCAGGAAAAAGAACUGGUGUUCGACAUUGACAUGACAGACUAUGAUGAUGUGCGGAGAUGCUGUAGUUCUGCAGACAUAUGUUCUAAGUGCUGGACCCUCAUGACAAUGGCCAUCCGCAUUAUCGACCGAGCAUUAAAGGAGGACUUUGGAUUUAAGCAUCGACUCUGGGUAUAUUCUGGAAGGAGAGGUGUUCAUUGUUGGGUCUGUGAUGAAUCAGUUAGAAAGCUAUCCUCUGCAGUACGUUCUGGGAUAGUUGAGUAUUUAAGUCUUGUAAAGGGUGGUCAAGAUGUUAAAAAGAAAGUUCAUCUAAAUGAAAAAAUACACCCUUUUGUCAGGAAAUCUAUAAACAUAAUUAAAAAAUACUUUGAAGAAUAUGCUUUGGUUGAUCAAGAUAUUCUUGAAAAUAAGGAAAGCUGGGAUAAGAUUUUAGCCCUUGUUCCUGAGGCAAUUCAUGAAGAUCUUCAAAAAAACUUCCAAAAGUCUCACAGUUCACUUCAGAGAUGGGAGUAUUUGAAGAAAAUAGCCAGCACAAGUCAGAAUAUCAAAAAUGACAAAUGUGGACCCUGGCUGGAGUGGGAGAUUAUGCUCCAGUACUGUUUUCCACGACUGGAUAUCAACGUUAGCAAAGGAAUCAAUCACUUACUGAAGAGCCCUUUUAGUGUUCAUCCUAAAACAGGUCGUAUUUCUGUGCCUAUCGAUUUACAGAAAGUGGAUCAGUUUGAUCCAUUUACUGUUCCAACCAUAAGCUCCAUCUGCCAUGAACUGGAUGUCAUUUUCACUAGUGAAAAGGAAAAAGAGGAGACUGAUGCUGAAUCUGAUGUCAAACAUAGAACCAAAGAUUAUAAGAAGACCAGUCUAGCACCUUACGUGAAAGUAUUUGAACAGUUUCUUGAAAACCUGGAUAAAUCCCGAAAAGGAGAACUUCUCAAGAAGAGUGAUUUACAAAAAGCUUUCUGAAGAAAACAUCUCCCCUCAAACAAAUGUGGAUAUCAUCUAUCUGCAAGCAAGGAGCAAAUACUUCGAGAGUCAUUUAAUAAAUAUGGCAGAACCAUAUAUGUGUCUUAACGCUUAUACAAUUUCCUUUUCUUGAGAAAUAAUUUAUGUUGAUAAGAUUUCCUGAGGACACCAAAAAGAUUUCUGUCAAAGUUCCUGAAAGCAAUGAAUAAGUGAAAUGCAGAUAAUUUUGUAAAAUUUAGUUAUUAUACAAAGAUAAUUCCAAAGCUUCUGGCACAGUCAGUUCUACCAGUUGCCAUAUGGAGGGGUGAGAAGUAAUAUACGUUGAACUUUCAUUUCAUUUUACUGGAUAUUACCUUUGUAUUUUGGGGUAAAUGACAGGUUUGUCCUUAAGUCAUAGAUACUUGUUAAUUAUACCUAGAAUAUAUAUUCAGUCACUUCCUAAUUUUGUUCAUUUAUAUUUUUAUUGAUAUUGCCUUUUUAAAAAUUAUCUUAAACUGGGCAUUUAAACACACCAAAAAUAAUUCACAAGAUAGGAGUUAGGGCUGCAGAUAUAGCUCAGUUGGUAGAGUGCUGGCCCCAUAAGCACAAGGCCCUGGGCUCAAUCCCUAGCAUGGCAAGGAAAAAAAAAAAAAAAGAUAGGAGUUAUUAGAUGAAAAUUAUUAGGGCCAAGUAGAGUAUUUUCUACAAC